UCAUACUGAUGCUGCUGCUGCAACAAAGACACCACUGCUGCUGCUGCUGCUUCUUCUUCUUCUCCUCCACACUGACCUCCUCCUCCUCCUAUUCCUCAUCCCUCCAUCCUCUCCGUGUGUGUGUGCGUGGACCCACAGAGCUCUGCUCUGCUCUGCGUGGAAACAUCCUCCAGCUGCGGCUGUGCUCUCCUCUCCAGCCCCGACAAUAGACGGGGAUAAUGAGGAGCGUGUGAGGAGCAGCUGCAGCUACACCCCCUCCUCCUCUUCAUCUUCCUCCACGAAAGCGCAGUAAAACGUCGCGUGGACUCUGUUCUUCUUCUCCUCCUCCUCCUCAGUGCAGCCCCGUCUCUGGGUGUCAUGGCUGUGACGUGGGUGCGUCUUGUCUCCGCACUGCUCCUGCUGUCCAUCGUCAGUCCUCGCCUGGCCUCGGCGUCUCCCUCGUGUCCUCUGAGCUGCCGCUGCUACAGUCUCACGGUGGAGUGUGGCUCCACUGGCCUGAGGGACAUUCCCAAACAUGUCCCCGUGUCCACACAGACUGUCUUCCUCCAGGACAAUGUGAUCGGACAGAUCCGUCGACAGGACCUUGUUCUGCUGAAGCACCUGCACUACCUGUACCUGCAGAACAACACCAUCUCAGCAGUGGAACCCGGCUCCUUCCAGAACCAGGGCCAGCUGUUGGAGCUGGCUCUGAACGGGAACCGGAUCCACCUUGUCACGGCUGACAUGUUUAAGGGACUCGAACAUCUGCGCAUUCUCUACCUGGCAAGAAACGACAUCACGCGGCUGCAGGACUUCACCUUCCGUGGAUUACAGCGUCUGCAGGAGCUGCAUUUGCAGCACAACAGCAUCGACAUGAUAGCAGACCAGGCUCUUGCUGGCCUGACGUCUCUGGCUCUGCUGGACCUGAGCCGCAACAACCUUCACACCAUCGGCCCGGCGUCGCUGCGACCUCUCGUCAGCCUGCAGGUGCUGCGCAUCACAGACAACCCGUGGCGCUGUGACUGCGCUCUCCACUGGCUGAGGAGCUGGAUCGACGAGGCGGGCCAGCGGCUGCUCAGCUCGGCAGAACGUCGCCUGGUCUGCACCGAGCCGCCACGUCUGUCUCACCUCAGCCUGGUGGAGGUUCCUCUCAACAGCUUGGUGUGCAUCCCUCCACUGGUGCAGCUGGAGCCCAGGAGGCUGGCUGUGCGGCUGGGAGAGAGCCUCAGGGUGUCCUGCCAUGCCUCUGGGUAUCCUCGACCUCAGGUGACCUGGAGAAAAGCCUCCCAGGGUAAAGUGGCGCUUUCCCCUCGAGGUCUGGUCCAGGAGGUGGGUGCUGGAGGCGGAGCCGGGGCCGGGACACAGGAGCCGUCACAGGAGGGCAGGGUCAGUCUGCAGAAGAAUGGCGCCGAGCGUUUCGACCCCGACACUGGCAGCGGCAUGUUGUUUCUCAGUAACGUGACGGUCGCUCACGCUGGCUUCUACGAAUGCGAAGCCUGGAAUGCGGGGGGCGUGGCCAGGGUGACCUUCCAGCUCGCCAUCAACUCGUCCACUUCCUCCUCGUCCUCAUCCAUCUGGGCCUCGUGGUCCCAAGUGUCCUCACCGUACUCGCCCGUGUGGCCACGGCUGAGGAACCACGGCCCGGCUCCGGGCUCAGACGUGAGCCGGGAGCCACUGUACGCUCUGGGUAGCAUGGCCUUCAGCUCCCUGGGCGCCGCCACGCAGACCGCCAUCGCUGUGGGCAUCUCCCUGCUGGCUCUGACCGCUCUGCUGCUGGUCGCCAUGAUCUACAGCCGACAUCACCAGCGAGAUAAGGAGGCUGAUGGAGCCGAUGGAGAGAAGGAGGAGAGCAUCCUGUACGUGAACGACUACUCUGACGGACCCACCACCUUCGCUCAGCUGGAGGAGUACCGCGACGAGCGCGGCCACGAGAUGUACGUCCUGAACCGGGCCAAACCUGUGCUGCCGCCGGCUCCGCCCACUGCCGUGUCCACCACUAACCGUGGCUGCUCCGCUGCCUCAGACACCUCCAGCCACAGCGUCUCCUCAGAGGCCGCACAGACCCUGACCCCGACCCUGGUCCCCAACAAACAGCAGCAGCAGCAGGGGGAGGUGGACAUACGGACCAUGAGGAGAAUGGCGGGGGAGGGAGGGGAGGCGGAGCCUGUGAUCACAUCAGAGGGUGAAGGGCUGUUUCUAAACCACACGGGUCUGUUCAUGGACUCUCAGAUUGCCUACGAGAUCCACUGCUGAAGAGGACAAGAGAGAGCGAGAGUCCGCUGCAACACAGUGUGUGAGUGUGUGAGAGAGGGAGUGCGUGUCAUAAACACUGGACCAUUAGUCGUCAUGGAGACCAAAACCUGGUCCCAAAGAGGCAGAACAUGACUCAUGUCUGGAUUUGAGUUCAGGUUAUGGUUAUGGUCAAGGUUACACUGCAAAAACAGACUUUCAAAAAUGUAAAAUUGAGAAAAGAGAAAAAUUAUUUACUUUUUACUAAUUUUAAGACACAUUAGAGUCUGAAAAUGUUUAUAUUCAUGCAUUAAGGUUACAUUUUCUAGCCAAGCAAAAUUUGCCUAACUCAAGGGCAAGACAAGACAAUUUACAUCAAAUAAAGAAUAUUUGGCUUAUUUCUGGUAGGGGCUGUUUUACAUUGUAGGGUAAAAAAUAAUUGAAGAAAGUAAAAUAAGCCACAUUUCUGGGAAACUGUUUUUAUUAUUUACCUAAAAAUAAAAAAUAAUCUUGGCAAACAAAUUUUGCACCAGGUAAAUAAUCUUAUUUUAUAUGUAUGUUGUAUAUUGUAUGUGUGCAAAUUCUAAGGUUUAAGAUUUGUAAAGUUUGUUUUUUUCUGACUCAAAUUCACUUAACUCCACCGGCAGAUUCUUUCAGGAAAAUUUACAUUGAUUUAAGAAUAUGUGGCUUAUUUCUAGUCGGGUUGUUUUACAGUGUAGGGGUUAAUGCUCUGCACUGCAAAAAAGUAAUAAGAUAUUACAGCUUACCCAAGCUUUAGUUAUCAGUAACAAAACUGAAAACAAUGGUUGGGAAGAACAAUCAGAAAUGAUAUGGUUUAAAGCUUUACAUUUUAAGACAAAUAUUUGUUUUAUAACAAAUAAUCCACUAGCAGAAGGUAAAUCAGUUUAAGAAUAUUUGGCUUCUUUCUUACAGGGCUGUUUUUGCAGUGUAUUCAGGGAUGUCCAAAUGAAUGGACGUCAAUGUCCUAAGAGGAAUAAUGUGUUUGUGCGUUUUACAGCAAAGACGGCCACGUCCUGCAUCUUCUGAAAUCCACCUUGAACUCACAGAAUCAUUCAUUCGUGUCAUCUCUGAAGGAGAACUGACUUUCUAUGAGACUCUCACAGGAAACGGUUUACAAACCAGCUUUAAGUAAAAGAGCACCAAGGCUUCUUAGUGGACACACUGUGACACUGCAUGUGCUAACAGACACAAAGUGUCCCGCACAGGAACAUGUGGGUUUAGCAUUUAUCAAAGCUACUGUCGUAGCAGAACUCUGUCUCUGUCUUUGUUCUCUGGGGGGGACGUUGUGACAUCUUCCUGUACUGGAGCAUGUGGGAACCCUUUAUGUGCGUUUUUGUACCUGUUGUUAAUGUCUUCAUUUAAAUUGAACACAGUUCAGUGAUGGUGGAACUUUUUAAAAUGAUUUAUUUACCUAUUUAUUCACUAAUUUAUUUAUUUAUCUGUCAUAUCAAAGGGAUAUUUUUACGCAGCAUCUUAAAGCUGUAGUAGGCAGGACUCACUCAAUUCAUUUUCUUCUGCUUUAUCUGACACAUGAGGGGUUGUGAGGGAGCUGGAGCCGAUCCCAGCUGACAGAGCGUGAAAGGUGGGGGUCACGCCCUGGAAAAGUUGCCAAUCCAUCAAAUUGUGAGUGUCCAAUUAACUUCUGCAUGUUUUGGACUGUGGGGGGAAACCGGAAAACACAGAGCAUACCUGGACCUUCUUGCUGUGAGGCAACAGUGCUAGCCACUACUCCACCGAGAGGCAGGAUCUCUGGACAUUAUUGGUUCAAGAAUCAAAAAUGGGAUAGGAUUAGGGUUUCACAAAAGAGUUUGUGAUGAGCGUCAUGUUUUCUUAGUUUUGUGUAAGAUACAUCAUUGCUUGCCAAAUUGUUCGCUGUUUGUCCGACAUGUUAUAGCCAAAGUAUUUUAGCUUGGUUUCACAAAGGGAUACAUAUUGUGUGGCUUUGGUCCAGCUCACUUCCUCCCCGUCCCAUACCACGUUGAAGCCAACAUUGUCAUCUAUUAAUCCAGAUUGUGGUGGUCGGGUUUGAUACUUUAGUGAUAAAGCUUACGAGGCGACGAACACAUUUAUAUCAGAUUAUUGAACGUAAACUUAGGUUUAAGUUGCUAACAGAAGGACAAACUUACCUGUGUCUCUAAAGGCCCUGGUAUACUUCCAUACACAACGUGCGCAUGGCACGAAUUGUGUCAUCAACGCAGAUUUUGGAACUGAUAAACCCGCACUGAUGAAAACAUCCUUGGAGGUAGUAAUAAAGGAAAAGAAACCGGUGUCUCUAUUAGAUCAAAGAUUACAGUUUGGAGUUUCAUCCAGUAUAAUUUCCGGGGGGAGGAUGAGAUACAUUCUAUGAAUAGUAAAGUGCUCUUAUCCUCACUCCUGCUGCCUCUUUGUGCUUGUGAUUCCGUCAGUGUUCAUAUUUCUGUUUGUGCAUUCUAGUUGUUUUUUUUUUUUUUGUUUGAAACGAUGCCUGAAUCUGAAUGCCUCACUCGUUCUGGCAUCUGUUCUGAGUCGUUACUGUUUAAUCAGGUCGAGCAGAUCAGUCACUGUCAAGGACAGUGUUUGUUUUUCCACACGCGACAGCUCAAGUGUCCAACGUCACGCUUUGAGUCAGUCCAUUGGUUUCAGUUGUACAAAGGAAAUAAACUUUGAUUUUUAGAUGAAACCUUUGUUGGGUUAUGUUUGUGAGGAACAAUGAAUUCUACUGACAACAAUGACAUUUUACAGCCAUCAGUCAAGAUCAUUACCACUAAAUAA